AUGACAAAACUACAGACAGAUCCUCAUUUGACUGUCGUUGAAAUUACUUUGGCAUUGAGGAAUAUCAUGAUGUCCUGUUGGAUCCAAGGAAACCAGACUGCUGGAGUGACAUUCAUCCUCCUGGGCUUCUCAGAAUUCCCAGAGCUCCAGGUGCCCCUGUUCCUGGUGUUCCUGACCAUCUACACAGUCACUGUGCUGGGGAAUACAGGCAUGAUCCUGGUCAUCAGGGUCAACCCCAAACUCCACACCCCCAUGUACUUUUUCCUUAGUCAUUUGUCCUUCAUUGAUUUCUGCUACUCGACUGUGGUUACUCCCAAACUACUAGAAAAUUUGGUGGUGGAAGACAGAACCAUCUCCUUCACAGGCUGCAUCAUGCAGUUCUUCUUUGCGUGCAUAUUUGUGGUGACAGAGACAUUCAUGUUGGCAGUGAUGGCCUAUGACCGGUUUGUGGCUGUGUGUAACCCGCUUCUCUACACAGUUGCCAUGUCUCACAAGCUUUGUGCCCUCCUGGUGGGUGUAUCUUACAUGUGGGGUGUCCUCUGCUCAUUGAUACUCACAUAUUCUCUGGUAAGACUGUCCUACUGUGAGUCUAACAUCAUGAAUCAUUUUUGCUGUGAGUACUCUGCCAUCCUUUCUUUGUCCUGCUCUGACACUUCUUUCAGUCAGAUGGCGUGUUUUGUCAUUUCUACAUUCAAUGAAUUGUGUAGCCUCCUGAUCAUCCUUGCCUCCUAUGUCUUCAUCAUUGCCACUGUCAGCAGGAUUCCCUCCAAGGGUGGCCUCCGCAAAGCCUUCUCCACCUGUACCUCUCACCUCACUGUCAUCAGCAUCUUCCAUGGGAUAAUUCUUCUCCUCUACUGUGUGCCACAUGCCCAAAGCUCCUGGCUCCUGGUCAAAGUGGACACUGUUCUUUUCACUGUCAUGAUCCCCAUGCUGAAUCCCCUGAUCUACAGCCUCAGGAACAAAGAUGUGAAAGAGACAGUCAGGGGGCUCUUCUAUGCCAAACUGCAUUCUCUUCAAUUAAAAUUCAGAUAA